AUGGACUUCAACAACCUCAGGGAUCAGGUCAGCAACCUGACUCUAUACGAUCUCAAGGCGGGUGUCCGCAAAGUGCAGAAUGCUGUGAUGAAUUAUACCGAGAUGGAAUCCAAGGUUCGGGAAGCCACAAACAACGAUCCUUGGGGUGCGUCGACGACGUUGAUGCAGGAGAUUGCCAACGGAACGCAUAGCUACCAACUGCUCAAUGAGAUCAUGCCCAUGAUUUACAAGCGGUUCACCGACAAGAGCGCGGAGGAGUGGCGACAGAUCUACAAGAGUCUUCAGCUUCUCGAAUUCCUUGUCAAGAACGGAUCAGAACGGGUUGUCGACGACGCAAGAUCGCACAUGUCGCUGAUGCGAAUGCUCCGACAAUUCCACUACAUCGACAUGAAUGGGAAAGACCAGGGUAUUAAUGUGCGCAACCGGUCGUCGGAGUUGGUGAAGCUGUUGGGCGAUGUGGACACAAUUCGCGCGGAGAGGAAAAAGGCCCGGGCCAACCGCAACAAGUUCGGCGGCUUCGAAGGUGGCAUCAACGUCGGAAGCGGAAUGUCCAGCUCCAGCCGUUAUGGAGGCUUUGGCAGUGAUAGCAUGGGAUAUGGCGGAUACAGUGGCGGUGUCUUUGGUGACGGCGGAGGGUUCGGCGGCGCGUCCUCCGAAUUCCAGGACACCGGACGACGGCCCAACCGGUUCGACGAGUAUGACGAGUACGAUGAAGGAGAUGCCAGCCCCCCGCGCUCGCGCGAACCCGCAGCCCGCUUGAACCGGGAGCCGAAGCCCCAGCCGAAGCCAGAGCCUGUCGCGGAUCUCUUUGACUUUGGGGACGAUGAACCUGCCGCUACCACGGCGCCUUCCUCCACUGCCGCCGGCAAGCAGCCCGCGGGUAGUGCCCUCAAUAUGCUGGACCCCACACCGGCCGACGAUGAUGACUUUGAUGACUUCCAAUCUGCAACCCCGGCUACACAACCACCCACACAAGCAGCAUCGUCGAACCAAUUCUCGAUUGCGCCGCCAGCAUCUACCGCUAGCACGACUGCUAGCACGCAGUUCGUUGCGCCGCAACCUGUUUCGGCUUCGCAGGGAGCCAACAUCAAUGGUUUGGUUGGUUUCACAUCGAUGACCCCGACCCCGACAUCCAGCUCGAUUGCUUCGCCCGUGUCGCAGACCGCUCCCGCGCAGCAAAAUCCUAUGGUCCCGAAGCCCUCAGGCUUCUCGGCGGCCACGCCCAACUACUUCACCUCCGUCUCCAACACCCAGCCGGUGUCAUCGCACGGUGCCACUUCUUCCAUCUCUUCCACGGCUGCUCCCGCGGCCCCCGCUGCCAGCAAGCCCGCUGCUGCGCCGACCAAGGCUUCCGGGGACGCUUUCGGCUCGCUCUGGUCCACCGCUAGUGCCAGCGCCGGUAUUCAGAAGUCGAACUCCCAAUCAAACAAGGGACCCAACCUUGCCAGCAUGGCCAAGGAAAAGGCCAGCGCGGGUAUCUGGGGUGCCCCUGCUCCCUCCAGCGGCGUCUCCCCGGCCCCGUCUCAGGUUCAGCCCCAGCAGAAGCAGGGCGGGCAGACCGGCAGCUCGGGUCUUGAUGACUUGCUCGGCUAA